AUGGCGACGCUCUACGACGACGUCAGCGGGUCGCGCUACCUCUCAUCAUCCAUCUCGUCGCUCUCGACGUCACGGCAACAGUCGUCGCAGAUCGCCAAAGCCUACCGACAGGCUGCCCAGCUGUUCCUGACGCGACGACUCCCCGAGGCGCUGUCGACUAUCGAGCCCAUCAUCAGCCCGCCGCCAAUCGACGCGGCCGACGUCGUGGGCCACGCGCCCGUCGCGACGGCGUCGCGCGGCACCCGGGUCAAGGUGUGGAGCUUCUACCUCACCUUCCUCAACGCCGUGGUCGAGCUGGGCGCCGAAGAGGGCAAGCACGCCUUUGGCAGCACGCGAUGGAAGCAAUUGGUCUCGCAGUGUCGCGACGGCAGCAUCUGGGACCACGUGGUCCGCGACGGCUAUGCGGGGGUCGAGGGCGACGUGGACGCCGACGUUGUCGUCAACCUAGCCACCCUCCUCCUUACCCAUGCGCCCUCGCAGCGGCUCAAUCAGCAGAAGCUCGAGACGUACCUCUCCGCCACCGCCAACCCAGCCCUCGACGUGUCCUCGCACAUGUCUUCUCCGGCAUACCUCGACAAACGGCCAGGCCAUCGUAGGCAACACACCGGCACCGACACCCCACGCGACCUGGAAAAGCGCAUCAAACUCCUCGAGCUCUACACCCUGCACGUCCUGCCACGGAACGACGAAUGGGACUAUGCCCGCGACUUCAUCGACAUGUCCGAGGUGCUGGACCAAGAGCGCAAGGAAGCCUUCCUGCUAGCACUGCACUCUCUCAAGGAAGAAAAGGAAGACACGCAAGCCCGCGAAGAGAAGCUACGCCAGCAACAACAAGAGCAAAUGGAGGAGCGCCGCAGAGAAACCGAGGCCAAGCGCCUCGAGCAGUCGCGCGCACAAGACGAACGCCGCAUACGCGAGGAACAAAACAGACGCCAACCCCGCGGCUCAGACGAGCCACAACCCACGCCAUCGCAGUCUUCCCGCACCUCCCGAACGCCCGCCAAGAAACCAACCACACCACCACCCGGCCUCUACAACCGCGCGUCUACCAUGUUCGCAAACAUACACACCAUGAUUUCGGAUACGGCCCAUCACAUGACUUCCAAUCCCAUGGCUUUCUUCCGUACUUUACUUUUCUUAUUGGCGUUUGGCUUGGCGUUUGGCAGGCGCCAUCUUAGAGAGAGGAUACUACGCAUCAUACGGAGUGCGUGGGACAAGGUGAGACGUACCGUAGGAAUGGGCGUCAAGGUUUCCUACAUCUAA